AUGUCCACCGCCCAAAAACCGGGCCAAGCCACCAGCGGCUUCCACCUCAUCACGAUCCCCUUCGCCGAUGUCGCCGCCACGAUCCCCACCCGACCCUCCAACACGCCCACCUCCCGCGCCGGCGCCGGCAACAACCUGCAUGCCGACGAAACCCUCUGCUGCACCGCAUCCUUCAACACGCACCACCACUCCGCCGCCGAACUCGCGGCUGCGCUCCGCUUACCAUCAUCCUCCCCCAAUCCCCACUUUUCUCCUCAUGACCACCACCACCACACCGAUAUCGCCUCCAACAUCACCACUACCAGCACCGACAUCGACCACCCCGCCUUCGCCUUCUCCACCUGGCUCGCCCCGCUCAUCGCGCCCGGCGGCAGCAGCAACCAGGGCUGCAGCAGUAGCGCCAUCGUCGUGCGCCUGCCACACGCCUUCGUCGCCGACGUGCUACUACCCGCGCACAGCCGCUGGCUGCGCACCAGCGCGCUGCCGGACAGCCUCGUCGCGGCGCUGCUGGACGACUGGCCGGGCGUGCGGGACGAGAUCGAGAGGGCGGUUGCUGUUGCUGCUUCUGCUUCUGCUGCUGCUGCUUCUGCUGCCGCCGACGGAGGGGGUGGAGCAGGGGGUGGAGCGUUCGUGCGGCUGGAUGCGUGCAGCACCAAGGACAGCGCGCUGCACGACGCGAAAGCGCCGGUGCGGAGCGCGCGGGAGGUCGUCAGGGCGGUGGCGGGCAGCAUGCGUGCGGCUGGGGCGUUGGGGAGGUGGUUGGAGGCGGGUGGUGCGGGAGGCAGCAGGGCGGCGGUUGCGUUGUGCGUCGUGCCGUGGGAUGCGCGGAUGGAUGCUGGGAAUGAGUUUAGGGUGUUUGUGCCGCCGCCGGCGACGGUGCGGCGGGGGGAAAGACAGGAGGCGGCGGCGGCGGCGGCGGCAGAGGGAUUCGAUGAUGGUGAGUUGAGGAUCUCGGCCAUCUCGCAGUAUAGGUGGUGUGAGCCGUUGAGGCUGCAGGAGGGGCUGGGGAUGGACGUUGUGGGGAUGGUGGAGGAGGGGGCGGAGAGGCUGUUGAGGAAGAUUUUGGAGGUGGCUGGAUGGCUUGAGUGGAGGGAUAAGGAGGGGAAGGGGAUGCUGGAGGUUUUGAGGGAGAGGGGAUUUGUGUUUGAUGUUGCAGUGAUGCCGCAGAACGAUGGAGGUCAUGCGGUGCAGCUCGUAGAGCUGAACCCUUUCGGUGCGACGACAGGAUGUGGAAGUGUCUUAUUCCACUGGACCAAUGAUGCAAGGGUACUAUAUGGAUUGGAUAGGCGGGAGUUUAGGGUUGCCUUGGAUAGAUAG